GUUUGAGAAUUAUACCGCGGAGUCAGGUACUUCGGAUUUGAGGCCUUAGUUUUCACAGGAGCUACAGUAUCCAGAGUCGUAUGUAGUGAAGAGGCAAAAUCAAUUCACCUAUAUAUUGUGUAUUGGGCCUUAAUUAAGUGUUCCCUGGUGUUUCCCAGCUGCAGUGUGUGUUACUACCAGUAAGUUUGGUAGUUCAUGGAAUAGAAGAGCUUCUGUUCCUGUAAUAUUGAAUGUUGUUUUAAAAGGUGUCCAAAAACAGAAAAUAAAGUAUUUCAAAAGACAAGGAGUAUAUCACAAUGAAUAUACAAUUUGAAUUAUGCAAUUUAAUUAAUUCCGGUGUUAGCAGUUAAAUGUUAUGUAUUUAGCACCAAAUCACAGCAGCAGUCGCCUAAAGACACUUUAUGUUGCUGGGUAAAAACACAACAAUAAGACAAAGAAAAGCCCAAUAAUUUAAUUACCCCAUACUGUAUGAGCUAACAUUUACUGAGAGUGGGAGGGAAAAACUCCAUUUGAAGAUGUAGAAACAUCUGGCAGAAACAGGCUCAAGGAGAGACAGCUGAGGUUGAUGAAAAGGAGACAAGACAACAUAUUCACUGUGCAAGAGAGCAAGAGAUACAUACUAACUAAUGAUUAAAUGCAGAGAGUUGUAUAAACACAGAACGAGCAAAGAAGGAAAAAAUGCAUACAUCAUGGGAAGCCCGCAAGAGCCUAGGCUUGUUUCAGCACAAAUAAGGGAAGAUUCAGGGUCACCUGAUCCUCUCUAACUGUAUUAUUUCUCAAAACCGAGGGUUUUAAGUCUAAUCUCAAAAGCUGAGACGGGUGUUUGUCUUCUGAAUUAAUAUUGUGAGCUGCAUCCACAGAAGAGAGGCCUGAGAAAUGAAGACUGAUUCCCGCUGAACCUUAAAAUUCUAUAGGAACCACAAGUACACCUAAUAUUCCAAAAUUAAAAUCUGGAUUUCAAAGCGAGUCAGUGAAGACAAACAAAUAUGGCUGAAAUAUGCUGUCUCUUUAUAGUCCCUGCCAUGACUCUCUCAGCAGCACUUUUGAUCUAUUAAUAUUAAACAAUUAUUGAUGCAGCGGAUUGAGAUGAAACCUGGCACAGAGGUACAGUAGGUGUCCCAGAGGAGGAAUGUGUUGAAAUUUGGACAUCAACUAUUAAGAAUGAUUUUUUAAUGAAUCUUUGAAUAUGCAACCCGACUGUCCCGCUUUGGGUUGUCCCAAAGCAUUGUAUGCGCGCGCGUACAUGUCUGAGUCCGCGCGCGUGCACUUGUGACUGUGUGCGCGCGUUUACUUGUGCGCGGGUCUAUGCAUUCGAUCGGGAAAUAAGGAGAAAAGGCGCUGCCGUAAAUGCCCGUGUAGAAGCGCGAGAAAAUUAAUGCGACGGAAAAGAGGCGGCUGGCUUGACUGCGGCUCACAAAUUAUGGCUCACUUGACCCCUGUGCUUAAAGUGACAAGGAAAACUAAGUUGGGUUAUCUGACUAGAAAAAUUAAAGAGAUUGAGGAGCUUAUGGAAGAUUAUGGCAAUUUUGCGCAAGUGUCUGUUAAAUUGGCCACUGACUUCUCAAAGUGUAUAUCGAGUUUUGUGAAAACAACGAUGCAGUUAAAAAUUACAUGACUGAGUCAAAACUUCUUCAUGAUCAGACACAGUGGUGUGAGCCAAAGGCUAUUUGAGGAGUUUUGUGGAGAAAUGAGGCAAGAAUAAUUGAUGCUGAAGUUGAACCUGCAGACAGUGCCUCAGUGAUGUCAUCCGGACACAGUAAGGGACAUCGAAGCAGCCGAACCUCUUCUGCUGUGUCUUCAAACACAUCGACAGCCGCCUGGCUGAAGAUUGAGAAGACGCGACAAAAAGGGGCCGAAGAUUGUCGCUAGAAUAUGAUUAGUAAUAAUGUCAGUCAAAUCUCUGAACAUACUCAGUUGAGUAUUGAUAUCAGGUACAUGUCCUGUUCCUUAUAUUUCGAAACUGACUCUAGAAAGGUUCAGACUCAUGUUUGAGCAGGAACGCACACGACUGACAAUCACUUAUCCCCAUCACCCAGAUAAAAUGUCCUUAAUGACUUAGUGUUGGAUGUUUAUGAAUACAAAAUUCAAUAAAUAUAUGUUUACAAAAAAUGUGCUUAAUGGCCAUUUCACUCGGAGUACGGCUGUACUGUCGUAAAGACAGUCGCAUAACAGUGAGAACAAAGUGAAAAAAAAUUAUCGAUUGAUAAGGAAAUUACACUGAAAACUGAAAUAUGAGGAGUCGUUCUGCAGGACGUGUAACCAGAUCCAAGUAGUUAACCGAAAAAUCAGUUGCCCUGGUAACAGUGAACAUAAUCUCCUGUUUUGAACUUUGCUGCUGGAUAGCGCUGAACCAGGGUAUGAUGUCAGUCGCUGGUCGGACUUCCGAGGUUCUUGAAUGCACCAAAAAUGCAGAGUCCGAGUGAGCCGCUGAAAGUCAGAUCUGUUCUUCAAAGCAGACUUUCAGCUUUAUUUCAAGCUUAAAUGUAACCUGAUGUAGUCAGUAUUUAAAGUCAGACUCUGUUAUUGACUGAAAACAGCGACAGACUCAGACAUUUAGAACAAACUAAGAGUCGGAUCAGCACAAAUACUGACACAGAGAUGGCUGCUGGCACUGCGCUGCUCUGCUGCACUUUGCUGUUUGUCCAUGUCUUCGUCUCUGCAGACCAGAAAAACAUCACAGCUGAGUCUGGACAGGACGUCACUCUGACAUGUCGAGCUCCAAACAACAAGAUCAUAGUUGUGCAGUGGAACAGAACUGACCUGGGAGAUGAACAUGUUCUUGUGUAUCGGGAUGGUCACUUUCUUACAGACAACCAGCAUCCAUCUUUUAAGAACCGGGUGGAUCUGCAGGACAGACAGAUGAAGGAUGGAGACGUGUCUUUGAUUCUGAAGGAUGUGACGAUUAAUGACACUGGAACAUACGAGUGUGGUGUUGUCCUGACAGGAACUGGCCAUUUGAAGCUGAUUAACACCACCUACCUUCAUGUUGAUCCUCCAGGUCAGACAGGAGGACAAGAGAAGGAUGAAGACAACAAAGAUGGAGGAAAGGAAUACAAAGAGAAGGAGGAUGGAUCUGUUGGACUGAAAGUUGGUCUGUCAGUUCUUGUUGUGCUUCUUAUUCUUGCUGUUGUUGGUUUCUUGAUCUACAGAAAACAUAAACAACAACAGAGUGUAGAAACAAACCAGCCUCCUGUUGAACUGCAGCAGGUUUAAAAUGUCUCAGAGCUUUUAACAGCGUUGAGUCUGCUGCUGCUGUUCAGAGUUCUGGGUGUUGUCAGUGUUUAAAAUCCUGCAGAAACAGAUGAUCUGAGCACAGACAGCAGGCCCACAGUACUGUAGGUUUAUUUCAUUUUUAUCUUUAAUGGCUGCUUCUGAUUUUGCUGACAGCUCAUCUCAGUGGAAGAGUUUCAUCUUUAAAAACAGUCUUUACAUUUCAGCUCUGUAGUUCACUGGAACAUCCAGAGGGCUGUGACUACAAAUCAGCUUCAACACAGUCAGGCUUUCUUUGUGUUAGCUGGCUCAACUAAACCUGAAACUGCAGUCAGAGACAGCAGGUAUCACCAUGGUGAUUAUCAGCUUCCUCUGUUACCCUGGCUCUCUGCUUCAGGCUCUGAGCACGCUCAGAUGAAAAGGAGCAUUUCAUGUAUCAUGUGACUUUUCUUCUACACAAAAUGAUCCCUGUGAGCGCCACCCAGUCCAACCAGAGACAUUACUCAUUGAUAACUUCACUGAUGUCUCCACUAAAUGAAUACAGGUACAUUCCUGUAACAAUGAGAUGUGCAGUUUAGCUUCAUUUAGUGGUUUCAGUAAGUUACAGUUUAACAAGCUGCACAUAUGAAACAUUUCCUCCAGCAGAGGAUCUACAUCACAGUGAAAACGUGGCUCUAACAGCUGAUUUAAAAACAAAACUCUGAACAUGACCUGCUCCUGACCAGAUGAUGUUUCACCAUCAGUUACCAUGGUGAUUUAGCCUCUUUAUGACACAGAAAGCUCUGACUUUGAGUUUGACACAACUCACUGAGACAUUACUCUGGUUUUGUAGUGCUCUGAGGUUCAGAUGUUCAAAGUUAGAAAAUGUCAAACUAAAACACUUUAAAACUCUACAACUGCUGUCAGCAAAAAUAACUUUUAACUCAAACAAAUGAAGGCAACACUUGAACAUUUUUCACUUUGAUGGUUUUGUUUCCACUGACUGUUGUUACAUCAUUUCAAACUCAGAUUACACAUUUAUGAAAUAUGUUCACACCUGAAUGUUUCAAUCAAGAUCUGAUUUCAGUUUUUCUUCAUCUUUGUGAGCUGUGUGGUUUGUUUACCCUCAGUAUCCAUGAACACUGUUACUGAGAUCAGUGUUUUUGUUUAUAAGAUCAAAUAUGACCUCAUUAUGUGAGUGUGAGCUUUGGACCACAAAACUUCAACAACACUAAUCCUCAAUCAGCUGUUUCACUAAAAUUACAUCCAAGUAUAAACUGAUCCCAUCGUUCAUGCAUCACUUUGUAGCUGACAGAUGGUUAUGCACAUUCCUGGUUGCCUAGGCAACCAUCUAAUGUAAUUGCUGGCGGUACAUUUGUCUCUCAGCAGUACGAUUUACUCUUUACUGUCUAAGUUUCGUUGACCUUUCAUGACCUCUGACCCCUGCUAGUCUCUCCCUGUGUGAACUCUUUUCACUGGAACUGGAAAUCUGAGUUUCUAUGAAAUUCUGUAGAUUACAGAUAAUCACAAGUCUUUCUCAGGAUCCAGUGAUCAGGGAUGACUGAACGGCCUCUAACUGCAAAGUAUUAGUAGUUUAUUUUAUGGUUUGCUAAAAUAGUUGCACAUGUAUCAGUAUUACAUUCCUUUAUUCGUUUGUUUUGUGUGUCUGACCUUGUAAAUAUGUGUGUGCUCUGAUUGGUUCCUGGUCAAACUUCACUGGUGCUCCCACAGCAACAACACAACUUGAAGACUCAGAGUUCACACACAGUGUCUGUAAGCUUCUCUUUGACUUAUAUUGUAUGUUUGUUUUAUUUGAGUUUAUUUAGAAUGUGACUGUAAGCAGACUUAACACUGAUUUUUUUUUUUUUUUUUUUUAAUCGCAAACUAACCGAAACCUGUGUGUCUCUACAGACAAUAACAUGUGUUUGCAAAGACUUGCUGAAAUGUGUCUGUAUGUUUGAGAUGUGAACUUAUAUAUAUGGAAUAAAUUUGGAGUAACAAGAA